AUAUGGCCCAAGCCCUUAUGAUAAAAUCCCAGAGUUCUGAAACAGUGACGUUCUUUCUUCUUCGUCCUCCUACAUUUCUACACAAAAUCUCAAGUUUCAAAAAAAGGAUUACAGAAAUGGAGCCCCCAGCAUCCUCUGUGGGCCCCGCUCCCAAUCCAUUCCAAUCGCUCUCUGCCUUCAUCCAGCAGCAAACCUGCCGACUCGGGGCCGAACUCGCGAGCCGGCUCGACGAAACGAAACGGUUCACCUCCAAAUUCGCCGCCAAUUUUCCGGCCGUGAAGCCGUCGCACGCUUCCGCUAGCCCUCUACUUCUGCCUUUCGCUUCCGUUACGAAGUCUCAGCCGCCGGCGACGCGAGAGGGAAAAGUAAGCUCCGCCAAUUCAGCUUCCGCUGCUGCUGCGGCUACUCCCACUCUUAGCUCCGAUUACGUCGCCAAAACCCUCGCCGGCACUUCUGUUUACACCGUCAGCAACACGAAUAAUGAGUUUGUACUUAUCUCUGAUCCAAAUAGUGCCAAAUCGAUUGGAUUACUCUGCUUUCGUUACGAAGAUGCCCAGGCAUUUCUCGCUCAGGUAAGAUCGACAAAGGGAGGAUUGAGAGGUGGAGCGAAAGUUGUUCCGAUUACACUUGAGCAGGUUUAUAUGUUGAAGGUUGAAGGUAUUGCUUUCCGGUUCUUGCCUGAUCCUGUUCAAAUUAAGAAUGCAUUAGAGUUAAAAGCUUCGGACACAAUGAGCGGAUUCGAUGGAGUUCCUGUGUUUCAGUCCGAUCUUCUUGUGGUGAAGAAGAAAAAGAGACGUUAUUUGCCUGUAUAUUUCCGAAAGGAAGAUAUCGAAAAAGAAUUGUCAAUGGUGUCACGGUCAAGAGGUGUUGCGCAGCCCAUUGUGGUCGGUAGUCUGGAAAAUGUUUUGAAGAAAAUGGAGACGAGUGAAAGAAACUCUGGCUGGGAAGAUCUAAUAUUUGUUCCACCUGGAAAGAGUCAUUCGCAACACAUCCAGGAAGUUGCGCAGUCGUAACUUUUUGGGACAGACUUCUUAACCAGCGGAUCGUGUACCGUGAGAAUUACCAAUACAUGACCUGACCAGUAUUUAAUAUCAAAGCUGGUAAGUAUUAGAUUCAUGACUUGAACUGUUGCCUCAUCAUUAUUUCACAUCUCCUACAUUGGAAUUUCUUAGUCAGUAACAAAAGUCUCAAUGUAACGUCAUCAGGUCAGGUUGCAGACUCACAAUGAAACUUGAUGACUCGGGGAAAAGGAUCAUUAUAGAAAUAGGACAUUGUCAUCUGUUUUGAUUGAAAUCGGCUGUUUAUGACUAUAAUCAGUACCAUAUGACAUUUUUAGAGUAGUCUGAUAUUUAUGGCAAAACAUUUCUGGGUGGUAAGCUCAUUUUGAAGCAUACGCCAAGCUUUCCUGUCAAUCAAAAUUCGGGAUUUCAUGUCCAUCAAAAAUAGCUUAAUGUAACGGAAAUCAAUCUUUGGAUUGUAGUUUACAGGUCGUAAUCAAACUGCCGGCUUGUUAGUACCUCUACUACUAAUCAUAACUCAAAAAGCCAGUUUGAUGAAUAGGCGAAAUCAGCCAGCAG